UUGAUGGUGAUAAUAUAUAAAUAUGAAUAAACUAAUUCACUUUGAGGAAAACUUAUCUGAAGAACUUCUUGAUGAGGAUGUCUCUGUAUCAAGAUUAAACAUGUCUCCCAACAUUGAAAAGAAUAUGGUUGGAUCUCCAUUCCAUUUCGGUCAUAAUUUCAUGAAAUUGUGUGAUAAAGAGUCCUGUCCAGAACCUAAUUCUGCAUGCAAGUCACCAUCCUGUGCAAGCAGUACUCUUGAGGUACCUUUAAAUGGUUUUUCUUGUUCUAAAUCUAAGAAGAAUGAUAGAGCUCAACGAGCAAGUUUGAAAGAAGACAUAAAAGAUCUUCUGCAUCAAGCAAUAAGACUAAGGAGUCUUCCAAAUUGCAACAAGAAAGAAAAAUGUGAGGAAGUACCAGCUCUCCGUCGCUUUAAUGGAGAAGUCACCAUGAGAGACAUUGAAGCUUCUUAAAGCUUUAUCAAUAUUAUCUAAUAAUUCAUUCAUAAAUAUUAUAUA